CCAGUGCUGAGAAAGGCCGUCUGAUGGCUCUCUUCUUUUAGCUCUGCUUUGGAAUCCACCAGGCUUCACUGCUGAUGUCCAAAAUGCACCGAGCUGAUGCUGCUUUGGAUGAUGUAGUGCUGAGGAAAAAAAGGCAGAAAGAUGUUGAACUGGAUAAGAAAAUCCUGGCUUUACGGAAAAAGAAUGAAGCUCUUAUACGAAGAUACCAGGAAAUAGAAGAGGACCGAAAGCGAGCAGAGCAGGAAGGAAUGGCUGUCACCUCCAGGAGGACCAAGCAGGAUGGCCUUACUAUAACCAUCACCAAGACUCACAAUGACCUGAAAGAUGCUAUUAACCAGACUGAACACUAUGGACUAGAUUGCCCAGCCCUUUUGAUGGAGAAAAGGGUGGUGAGUGAGAAAUGGGGAAGCAGCUUCCCAGCAAGCCCAGGGUUUGGAAUUGGCAGCGAGGAAGAUGAUGAAGAGGAGGAAGCAGAUCAUAUGUUUACAUUCAGGAUGGGGAAGAGGAUGCAAUUGGCUGUUACUAUGGAUAACAAGGCUAAGGGGAAGCGGAUUGUCAGUGAGAAACGGAGCUCAGAUUGUCUCUUGAGUCCAGGCAGGGUCCCAGACCUGAGUGAAGAAGAAGUGGACCACCUGGUGGCUUUCCGGAGAGGGAGGCGGAUGCAGAUCGCCAUCACCAUGGAUAACAAGGAAAAAGUGGAUGAAAAGAAACCAGUGGAAAGGAGGAGAUCAGAGACAGACAAAUGCCCUGAUAAUGAGCACAGCAGAAAGGAAGGAGGGAAGUCUUUGCAGAAGAAUCCAGGGGACGUGGGUUUCACUAUGACUGGACGGGAGCGCUCAGAAUAUGUACGGUGGAAGAAAGAGCGGGAUCAGAUUGACCUGGAACGACUAGCACGCCACAAGAAUGCAAAGGGUGAAUGGCGACGGGCGUGGGAUGUAGAAAAGUCAGAGCACAUGUUUGAAGACAGCUUUGCUAAGGAUGGGGAGCCAAUCUUGGAUAAUCACAGCAAUAAAAAAGGGGGAAGAAACUCUAAGAAAUUCCAGCAUCAGUCCUUUCCUUCUGAUGGGAGAGGUGGAGGACAACACAGUACAAACAUAAUUGAACCUGUUUCCAGAGGAGUGUCAGUUGUGAGCAGUAGAGCCAAAGGAAAGGAUAGACUGACCGGCAGAGCUAGAAGAUGGGAUGCAAAGGAAGGUGAGGACAUGCCAUUUCAAAAGGAUGACCCUGGCAGCCAGGGCCCCACAAGCACUGAAAACCUGAAAUGUGAAGCUCCAGCUGGUGAGGAGGAGAUGGAACUCAAUUGCCUAGCAGACCCAGAAGAGGAUGGGCAGCCAUCAAGCUCCCAAGACCCUGGUGUCUUUUCAUCACAGGGCCAGAAAGGUGAGAAGAUUUUGUCUGCACAGGACAAUCAGAGGGAGAAACAGAAAGCAGCCAAGUGUCUAGAAGGGGAGGUGUCUGUGUCAGGUAUGGGUGACUCUGAGCCAGAGUCCAAGCUAAGCAAGCAAGGAAUUGUAGAAGAUAAUGUUAAGAAGCCAAACACCACUGACACCUCUCAGCAAAACAAGUGCACAAGCAGCAGUACUUCAGAAAGCAGUACUACAAGCACUGGGCAAGCUGUUGGGCAUAGCAGUAAGGAGAACAUGUCAUCACCCAAGGGAGACAGCAUGGAAAAAAAUGUACCAUCAGAGAAAGAAUUGAUCAAAGACUCUGCAGAAUGUUUCAGCGGGAAGCCCAAAGAGGCAGCAGGUGGCAGAUGCAAUGGGAAUAAAGGACUGUUGCUGAGAAGAAGAAUGGAGGAGAUGACUCAAAACACUCACAAUGAAGGACAAAAAAUCACAAAGAAAGGAGGUGAGACUGCUGCAUGUGCUGAACUUAAAGGAGAGUCUGUCUCCCCAAAAAAAGAUGCCUCAGACAAAACUGGUGUAUCUGAACAGAAUGGAGCAAAAAUACAGAGCAGAAAAGGCGACCAGCCAGAGAAGUGCAAUUAUAAGAACAACAGAGAAACUGAGAAUUAAAAAGAAUGCACUGGACUGCAUGAGAUUGAAGGACAAAGUACUAAAAAGGUGGUUGAUGAGGAAGAAAGAGGAGCACAAACUUCUCACUCUUUGAACUUGUAUGAAAUCAACUUUCAGCACCAGUCCUUCACCCUUCUGCGUCCAAUAUCACCAUUUACCACCGACUGGGGCUUACUGUUCAGCAACCACCCACCUCCCUGAGACUGACUGCUCACAGUUUUUGCCUCUUCCCACAGUACCUGGCUUUAUGCCAAAGGACAGAGAAAGGCACCGCAUGAGAGAGCAGAGGAAACACUGUCACUUUUAUUUCAUGUUGAUUUUUCUUACAUUGUGGGUGUGUGGCAAGCCAUGAACUAUAUACUGUAUGCACUUUAUUCUAAUAACUAAUUCUAAUUCUAUAUAAAAUAUAGAUUUCAGAUAUAGAUUUCAGUUUUCCCAACCACUCGCUCUCCUCCUCCUCAGAAGAUGAUAGGACACCAUGCCCUCCAAGAAAUGGAUGGCAGGUAUAUUAAAGGGUUUAUAGGAAGUGCUUCUCUUUUAGUUAAUGGGAGAGGAAAACUUUAUUCAGAAAGAAGGGUAAUAGAGGGGGUAGAGGACACUUAUGGGGAGAAGGGUUAUAAUGUAGCUUUGUAGGAAGUUGGAAAGUUAGUAUUGGGAGAGAGGUUUGUAAUGGAUCCUCCUAAAUGGUUGAAGAGGUGUCAGGGAUAUCCUGCAGUCUUGCAGGCAAUGGGGCAUUGAGGAGGUAGAGUGUGACCGAGUUACACUGUGGUUAUUGAAUAUUUUUGAGAGGUUCAGAACCUCGUUCAUGCCUUCUGUCAUUAGGGAGGUGACCAUGUCCUCCUUUUGAACUUAGCCACACAAGUGGCAGGGACUACAACAGCUUGUUUGUGGAGAUGGGGCUUUUUCUGAAUAAGCUGCUGGAUCCUGUGGAUAUGCGUAUGGCAUACAGAAGGGAUUCUGACAAAGUGCCAAGACUGUUAUUUAAACAUCACAAGAGAUAGGUUCUGGGUGAAGUGAGAGCAUACACUGACAGUUGUGUGCACCAGGCAGGGGGAAGAAGAGGGCCAUACAAACAUAGCAGACCUCCUGUCUACCCAUCCCAACAAAAGGCUUUUGUUGGUUAGACAUGAAUGUCUAGUCUUCCUAGUCAUGCUUUCCACAGCUUUGUACUUGUGUAAAUAGGUAGCAAGUCCCCUUGAAUCUGCCACAUGAAAGUUUUGUGUCUUGGCCUUAGGAAAAGACACCUUUCAUAUCAAAGAGCUGGAUGAUCCUCUAGAGGUGUAAAUCAGAUUAAAUUAUAGCUCCAUUAAUUUUAACUCAGCUGUGCUGAUUUAUACCAACUGAAGACCAAUUAAAGAAAAGGUGGAAUGAGGGCUCAGAAGAUUAACAUUACAUACUUUCAAGCUCAUGACUGAUAGAGCAGGUGUAUUGUCCUUAUUGGCAAACCCUGUCCUAAGACUUGAAACAAUUUCAUACUCUCCAGUGAAAGGAGACGUGAAUAUGUGUGUGUGUGUGUGUGUGUGUCCGCAGAUUUUAUUUUGUUUCAUAACAAGAAGAAUAGUUAGCCAAAAUGAGAGACUGCUUUUCUGAAAAGAUUGGCAUGAGUGAAUUGAUAUAAUAUGUAGUGUUUUAAUAAACUAAUAUUUGCAUAGAGAUGUUUUGUGGCUUUCCCAAUAAUUCAAAUCUAAAGCAUCCACGUGACUCCAAUUUAUGGGGAAAUGACUGGGGAAUUUAUUCUGUCUGCUAAAUUGGCACAGUCCAAAACUAUUAGCAAGAGACAGACUGAUACCUUUAUGCUUUAUGAGAAAUCAUUUUCAACCCUCAAGGUCAAAGUGGGGUUUGUUUGGGAUUAUUCUCCACAGGGAGAAAAAAAGACAGAUACAAACCAGAUUGUAAAAUUGCUUCAAUUCCAGAAAAUAUUAUCUUAUU